GCUCUAAAGCAACGCGGUGUUCCCUACAAAUGGGGCGGAGGCGACUGUAAUGGUCCCACCAAAGGCGGAUUCGACUGCUCCGGCCUCACCAAGUACGCCGUAUGCAAGGCGACCAGCAAGAAGAAGGUCCUGCCGCACAGCGCUUGGAAGCAGUACAAGUCCAAAAAGUGCAAGCACAUCAGAUAUGCUAACCGCCAGAAGGGGGACCUGGUCUUCUGGAGUACCAAGAAGAGUGGAAAGUGCACCAAGGAUUCGUCGAUCAAACAUGUGGCCGUUGUGCAGAACGACAAAUAUAUUAUUGUUGCUCCGAAGGCUGGACAGAAGGUCAAGCGCCAGAAGAUGUGGUCAGGCCAUGGCGGUUUGUACAGGUGCAACUAUGUUGCGAGGUGUUGCUAG